UCGCUCUCCCCUCUCCAAUUCUCACAGACGGAGCUUCCCCUGACAAAAUGCAGGUCCCAUUAAUUCGUCUUCAAUGUGGUGUCAACAGCUACGACUGGGGUAGGACGCAGUACAGCUUCUAUUUUUGGUUUCCCCGCACUGAACACCGUCCCUAGGCAAGGUCGGCCAACAGUCUCUGGCUGCGAAAUACGCUGCCACUACGGCUGGUCCAGAUUUUUCGAUAGAGGCUGAAAGGCCAUAUGCAGAGCUAUGGAUGGGCACACACCCUUCCCUCCCUUCCAGGGAUGUCGCAACUGACAGAACACUUCUUGACCUCGUCCAAGAUAACCGGGCUUUAAUGUCCAUUGAGAUUUCCGAGAAAUAUGGCGGAAAGCUGCCUUUCCUUUUCAAGGUUCUAUCUAUCCGGAAAGCCCUCAGCAUUCAGGCCCAUCCGAACAAAAAGCUUGCGGAGGAGCUUCACGCGAGAGAUCCCAGGAACUAUCCUGGUGAGUUCGUGCAAGGCUAGCUCGAGCUUUAUUGAAUAUGUUUAGUUGAUGGACCUAGAUGACAACCAUAAACCCGAGAUGGCGAUUGCUCUUACACCGUUCGAGGGAUUGUGCGGCUUCCGUCCCUUGUCCGAGAUCGUCCACUUCCUCAAUGCUGUGGCCCCCCUUCGCAGUCUGGUAGGAUGUCAAGCUGCAGAGGAGUUUGAGACGAUCGUGACAGGUUCUGAAUACUCCGAAGAUCCCGCAGUUCUCGGCAGGAACAAAGAUGCUUUGCGAGCCAUCUUCACCUCUUUGAUGCAGUCCUCCCAUGAGGCGGUCGAGGAAGCUGCAAAAGACCUUGUGGCUGCCGCUGAAAGUUCUCCCGAGACAUUUGCAGUAUCUGCCACCUCGCUUUCUACAAACCCGAGCACUCCGGAGCAGCUUGCCGCGGUUAUUACCCGUCUUAACGGCCAGUUUCCGGGAGACGUUGGGUUAUUUGUGUUUUUCUUCCUCAAUUACGUUCAACUUGAGCCUGGUGAGGCCAUGUUUUUGAAAGCAGACGAUGUCCACGCGUACAUUUCCGGCGACAUCAUCGAAUGCAUGGCAUCAUCGGACAACGUGGUGCGAGCUGGCUUUACGCCAAAGUACAAGGAUGUCGAUACACUUACGCGUAUGCUGACAUACUCCUACGCGCCCAUCGAGGAGCAGAAACUGCAACCGACUGACUACCCAUAUGCCAUUCUGAACGUUCCUGCGUACUCUAGCGGAUCGGAAUCCGUUCUCUACGACCCACCGAUCGAUGAAUUUAGUGUUGUGAAGACGGACCUGAAGCGGGGGGGUGCUAAGGCGACAUUCGACGGCAUACCGGGACCCAGCAUCUUCAUAUGUACUCACGGAGAGGGAAAGAUCAGAGUUGGAAAUAAGACCGAGGAGGUUAAAGAGGGAUAUGUCUUUUUCGUGGGGGCGAAUGCUGAGUGCAUUAUUGAGAGUACUGCAAGUGGAGAAGACGUCUUCACCACUUACAAGGCCUUCUGCGAGCUGGGUGCAGGGGAGGUUUUGGUUAACGGACAUCUGUGAAGGAACACCAGUUAGACAAGUCGAGAUUCUAAUAUUAAUAUAAUAUUUCCCCGAUC